AGCGGACUCGGGAGCUUCAUUCGCAAUAUCAGUGAAAUCCUCGAGCAGCAUCGUCGUACUUUUUUUCCCUUUUCUUAAACCGUAUUCAUUCUAUUUUUCGCUCGGGUCAGCCGAAUAAUGGGAGAGCAUUUGUCCGAGUCACUUGUGUUCGCUCAUCGCCUUUUUCGCAAUACCUCCAAUCGCUCGAGAAUGGCCUCGUUGCUUGUUUGACACGACAGCGUCCACAGCUGCCGGCGCCGCCGCCGUUUUGCGCUCUUCCCCUCUCUUGAUUCCCCACUCCCUCUCUCUGUCUAUCCUCGCGCUCUCUCCCAAUCCCCGGCGCGCUUCGUUGGCGCUUCUCGCACUUCUCGCUUGAAGGCUCGAAGGGCUCGAACAACCAUUCAUUUGGAGCAACUGUUGGACCACGGUCGCUAGCAGCCCGCAGUCUUCACUCCGCUCGUUCGAAACCCGCCAUGGCUCCCGUGCUUGGAUACUGGGACAUUCGAGGGCUGGCGCAGCCCAUCCGUCUCCUGCUGGCCCACAUGGACGUGAAGGUGGAGGACAAGCGCUACUCGUGCGGGCCGCCGCCAGACUUUGACCGCAGUGCCUGGCUCAAGGACAAGCCCAACCUGGGUCUCGAGUUCCCAAACCUGCCCUACUACCUGGACGGGGACGUGAAGAUCACCCAGAGCAUGGCCAUCCUGCGCUAUCUCGCCAGGAAGCACGGCCUCGAGGGCAAGAGCGACGCCGAGAAGCUGCGGGUGGACAUGGCGGAGCAGCAGUUUGCCGACUUCCGCAUGAACUGGGUCCGCCUCUGCUACAACCCAGACUUUGACAAGCUGAAGGGGGAUUACCUCAAGGGCCUGCCCGCCUCCCUCAAGGCCUUCUCGGACUUCUUGGGCAGCCACAAGUACUUCGCCGGUGAAAACCUGACCUAUGUGGACUUCAUUGCCUACGAGAUGCUAUCCCAGCACCUGCUGUUUGCCCCAGACUGCCUGAAGGAGCAUGCCAACCUGAAGGCCUUCGUGGACCGUAUCGAGGCGCUGCCCCACGUGGCGGCCUACCUCAAGUCGGACAAGUUCAUCUCGUGGCCCCUCAACGGUGACAUGGCCAGCUUCGGCAGCAGGCUCAGCAAGAAGCCCUGAGGUCCGCAACGUCCGCUUGGCUGCACUAAUAAAACGGCAUUUCUCAUAA